AUGUCGUCACCCGAACAGCAACAAGCCGCUGGCUCGCCCGGCCACGAUGACGGCCUCUCUGAAUCCUUUAACCGCGUCAAUCUAAACGAACAAGGCGAAGAAAUCACUCCAAAGACUGAAGAAGAAUACGCUCAGUCUAUGUUGACCCUUCGUGCUAUCGUUUCAUCCAAGGAAGCUGGUGUCAUUAUCGGCAAGGCUGGCAAAAAUGUUGCGGACCUCAGGGACGAAACUGGUGUCAAAGCCGGCGUAAGCAAGGUUGUGCAGGGUGUGCAUGAUCGAGUCUUGACUGUCACGGGGCCUCUCCAGGGUACUGCCAAAGCCUACGGAAUGGUUGCCAAGAGUUUACUCGAAGGUGCACCCCAGGUUGGAAUGGGUGGAAUCAUUCAAAACAAUGGCACUCACCCUGUCCGUCUUCUUAUCUCCCAUAACCAGAUGGGAACCAUCAUCGGUCGGCAAGGCUUGAAGAUCAAAUACAUCCAAGAUGCUUCCGGAGUGCGUAUGGUUGCUCAGAAAGAAAUGCUCCCACAAUCCACCGAACGCAUCGUCGAGGUUCAAGGGACACCAGAAGGCAUCGAAAAGGCCGUCUGGGAAAUCGGCAAGUGCCUCAUUGAUGACUGGCAGCGUGGAACGGGAACUGUCCUUUAUAAUCCUGCUGUCAGGGCCAAUGUGGGUGGUGGACAAAUGAAUAGCUCUUUCCUUGGACCUAACCCCAACUACGGUGGACGAUCUUACAAUCGCACCGGAAAUGGAGCCGACUUCAGUGAUCAACCUUCCAGUGGUUACAACCGACGCCACAAUUCAGAUGCACCAAAUCGUGGAAUCCCACUCGUCACCGAGGACGGUGAAGAAGUCCAGACUCAAAACAUCAGUAUCCCCUCCGACAUGGUGGGGUGUAUUAUUGGUAGAGGUGGAAGCAAGAUCAGUGAGAUCCGAAGAAGCUCCGGUGCCCGUAUUUCGAUCGCGAAAGCCUCGCACGAUGAGACUGGUGAACGUAUGUUUACCAUCAUGGGUAGCGCCCAAGCUAAUGAGAAAGCCCUCUACCUUCUUUACGAAAACCUCGAAGCCGAAAAGAUGCGACGUAGCCAACAGCCCCAGGAGUGA